AAAACUCAACUUCUUCCUGUCUGUUUUGCCGCGAAAAGAGUGAUCAGCACCAUUGUUAGCACAAGUUGACGGCGGUGCCGAUUUUUUCUUCUCAAUAGGAAACCAACCUGCAACAUGUCUGGCUUUGACGAUCCUGGAAUUUACUACAGUGACAGCUUCGGAGGGGGAGAAGGACAUGGCCCAGAUGAAGGGGGACAAAAGCGGAUUCAGAUCAAGAAACGGUUCCGUGAAUUUCUCCGACAGUUUAGAGUGGGAACCGACCGAACUGGCUUCACAUAUAAAUACAGAGAUGAGUUGAAGAGACACUACACCCUUGGAGAGUACUGCAUUGAGGUAGAGAUGGAGGACCUCGCCAGCUUUGAUGAGGAUCUAUCAGAUUGUCUGUACAAGCUGCCUUCUGACAACCUGCCACUGUUGGAGGAGGCUGCUAAGGAGGUAGCUGAUGAGGUGACACGUCCACGUCCAGCCGAAGAAGAGACUGUGCAGGACAUUCAAGUUAUGCUGAAGAGCGACGCACAUCAUGCUUCUAUCCGCAGCCUUAAGUCAGAACAGGUGUCUCGUCUGGUGAAAGUGCACGGCAUCAUCAUCUCAGCCACCCCAGUGAAGGCCAAGGCUACCAAGGUGUGUCUGAAGUGUCGCAGCUGUCGUCACGUCAUCAGCAACAUCUCUCUGCCACCGGGCCUGCAGGGCUACGCUCUUCCUCGCAAGUGCAACAAUGAUAGCACUGCAAGAGUUAAGUGCCCCAUGGAUCCUUACUUCAUCCUGCCGGACCGCUGCGUUUGUGUUGACUUUCAGACGCUCAGACUGCAGGAAUCUCCAGAUGCUGUACCCCAUGGAGAAAUGCCUCGACACCUUCAGCUCUACUGUGACAGGUACCUGUGUGACCGUGUGGUCCCAGGCAACCGAGUAACCAUCAUGGGUAUCUACUCCAUCAAGAAGACUGCUGCUGUGAAGUCCAAAGGCAGAGAGAAGAGUGCUGGUGUGGGGAUCCGGGCAUCCUACCUGAGAGUAGUUGGGAUACAAGUUGACACAGAAGGGGCAGGUCGGGGUGCUACUGGGACCGUGUCUCCACAGGAAGAGGAGGAGCUGAGGUCGCUGGCUGCUUCUCCUGACGUUUACACCUCUCUGGCUCGCUCCAUUGCGCCCUCAAUCUACGGCAGCGAUGAUCUCAAAAAGGCCAUCACCUGUCUGUUGUUUGGAGGUUCAAGGAAGAGGCUGCCUGAUGGACUCACUCGCAGGGGAGACAUAAACCUGCUCAUGCUUGGAGAUCCUGGUACAGCCAAGUCUCAGUUGCUCAAGUUUGUGGAAAGAUGCUCGCCCAUUGGGGUUUACACCUCAGGAAAGGGUAGCAGUGCUGCUGGUCUGACUGCCUCUGUUUUGAGGGACCCGACUACCCGUGGGUUCGUCAUGGAGGGUGGAGCUAUGGUUUUGGCUGAUGGCGGUGUUGUCUGCAUUGACGAGUUUGACAAGAUGCGAGAAGAUGACAGAGUUGCCAUCCACGAGGCCAUGGAGCAACAGACCAUCUCCAUCGCCAAGGCUGGCAUCACCACCACUCUGAACUCUCGCUGCUCCGUGCUGGCUGCUGCCAAUUCUGUUUUUGGCCGCUGGGAUGACACCAAGGGGGAGGACAACAUUGACUUCAUGCCCACCAUCUUGUCCCGAUUCGACAUGAUCUUCAUCAUUAAAGACUCUCAUGAUCAUCAGAGGGACAUGACAUUGGCUCGUCACGUUAUGAACGUUCAUCUGAGUGCCCAGACACAGACGGAGGGCGUUGAGGGUGAGAUUCCACUGGCCACCUUUAAGAAGUACAUUGCCUUUGCCAGAGCUAAAUGUGGCCCUCGUCUCUCUCCUGCUGCUGCUGAGAAGCUGAAAAACAGAUAUGUGCUGAUGAGGAGCGGCGCAAGAGAGCAUGAGAGAGAAACAGACAAAAGAGCAUCCAUCCCAAUCACCGUCAGGCAACUGGAGGCUGUGGUGCGUAUUGCAGAGUCCUUGGCCAAAAUGAAGCUGCAGGCUGUGGCUGGAGAGGAAGAAGUGGAUGAAGCGCUGCGACUCUUCCAAGUUUCCACACUGGAUGCUGCGCUCUCCGGCAGCCUUUCAGGAGUGGAAGGUUUCACUACUCAAGAGGACCAGGAAAUGAUUUCCCGCAUUGAGAAGCAGUUAAAAAGACGCUUUGCAAUUGGCUCCCAGGUGUCCGAGCACAGUAUCAUCCAAGACUUCGCCAAACAGAAAUAUCCUGACCACGCCAUCUACAAAGUCCUACACCUGAUGUUGAGGAGGGGUGAGCUUCAGCACCGCAUGCAGAGGAAAGUACUCUACAGAGUCAAGUAGAUGAUUUUGUUCUCUGUCACAUACAUAUUGAUGGAAGUAGUUGUCUUCGCAAGUUAAAAUCGUCAUAUCUGCCCUUGUGAUCAUCUGUGCUGGUAAAUGGAUCUAAACCUUUAAGGUAAGGAUCCAGCUGUUGCUCUUACAAGGAUUUUUUUUUUUUUGUAGCGCACA